AUGACGCGAGGUGGUAUUCCUGCCGUAAAGAAGGCCGUAUCGAUCUCGGAAGCUCCAAUUUGGAAAUCGUACUUGGCCCUACGUUCGUCGAGUUCCAGUGACGUUGUCAGUGCCAGCAAUACCGCAGAUCUGGUAACUAGAUGCUGUGUCAAUGGACAUUACUGUGGACGGAAGAGAGCAAAGCCGUCGACUGGUCGAGGUGCACCACAAGGAGCUAGCAUUUGGAUGACGUUGGUUUCGCCACUGACGACGCGACAAAGCAAUAAAGAAGAUGGCGAUGCAGUGCUGAGAAACAUCCGUCACUAUUGGGAACAACUCAGCGUCAAUGAACGACAGCAGAUCUUGUUCCUGGACGAGCCGGAACAAGUGAAGCAGCUGUACAAGCUAAACCUGAGCUUGCUCUGCGUUGGGCUGAUGCAGCGCCACCUCAUGACAUCGAAUCGAAUAGGCGUAGCUAGUACAGACAAGAGAAGCGCAACGGUGUCUGCGUCGAUGACAACGAAUACGAUAGCUGUAACUACCGCACCGACAGUCCAAGAGCGAGCAGCGACGCUGCCGCCAACACGUGAAGUAUCCGAUAGUUUGUCAGAGAAGACGUACGAGCUGCUUGAAGCGAUGGAGUUCAUGGAUAUAAGCACAGGCAUUUUGACGGUGAAAACAGAGCUGGCUGAAGACACGGAUCGGCUAUUUACGCUAGUAGGAGACGUGUUGGAAGGAUUUCUGACUUCGAUCCAUGUUCUCACGGAGAACAACUUCCACAAACUCUUUGUGGCGGAAAGUGAGACUAUCAACACGUGGGCAAAGUACCAGCGCCUGAUCGCGAUGCUGGUGGAACAGCUCAUCUUACGAAGUUAUGUCAGUCACUUGGAACGAAAAGCUGCACAGCAAAUGGAGCAACUAUUGCUAGAAGUGUCAUUAGAAGAUAAAAAUAUGUCAACAAGCAAGCUAACCUCCUACGGCAAGAAGAAGGUCAAGAAGAAAAAGAAGAGAAAAUCAACAAGACAUGGAGAUCCACUUAUACAGCAGACUGACACGCCAAAUACUGCAAUGCUCCAAAGCAAGGAGGAUGAAAAUCCUGGCGGAGUUCGAAUGGAAGGUGAUGAUUCAACUGUGCCAUCGAGCAGAGACGAGGUUCUGGUGGUGGAGUCAGUCGGUGAAUCAAUGCCUGAGGCUAAGUUGAUCUCUGCAGACAGCGAUUGCGGGUUAAUGGUGCCGACGGAAUCUAUCAAUGAAAUCAAAUGGGAUGUAAACGAAGCGAUUUCAGAAGUCAGAACCUCUACGAGGAAGUUGUCGAGCCUCAAUCCCAAUGCGCUUGUAUUCCAGCCCCAACCAGCUACUGAAGAUUAUGACGCACGAACUCUAUCUGUCGGCAAGCGGAAGUUAGACGAGUACAUCAUCAACGUUCCAUGGGAGGACGUGGAUAGUGAUGUGAGUAGUGCCUUCGACAACCAAAGUAUUGAUCGAGAUUUAUCAGGCGAAGAAGAAGAAAUCGACGACAAAAGUAUUUGCCAGCGGUGGAGAAGGAAGCAACGUCGUAGUGAAGAAGACGCCGAGCUGGAGAGGCAGCUGCAACAGGUUUACGCGACUACGUCAUGUCUUUUUGGCUGGGAUUUUUUGCAACAAUGCAAGCUUCCCGAUGGUCGUACCAAUCUUCCCUGGAGUGAGUCGAUGCUAUGGAGAACUGCACCUAAAGAAGUGGUGCGGUACUUUUCACCUAGAAACGGCGACGAAUGCUCUCGAUUCCACGCGUCUCACUUCCUAUCGCCUGUACCAUCGAGAUACUAUUUCAAGCCAGGGCCGCCAAUGUCGUUUGGCUCUCCAUUGUUGUAUAUUCCAGGGAUAGAAUCACCUCUUGAUGAAAGCUUUGGUUUUCAACCAUCCAUGGUCGUAUCAUCGCCAGAUUUUUUCAACGCGCAGUAUCAUCCGAGCUAUCAUGACGAACAGGUCGACGUCUAA